AUGCCUUUUGUCCAUCCUUAUUUAAAGGUCUCAAGUCCAUAUCAGAUUGUCCCUUUCAUUACGCGAUACGAUAAAGGUGACUUGUCAGACAUGUUCUUCAACAAAACUAUCAACACAUGUGACACCAUUCCACGAGUCCUAGCUUUUAUGCGAAAACCAGUCUCUUUGCAAGGCCCAGCUUAUGAUAAUGAGGGUCUUGAUCCUUUAAAGUAUCCAGAUGAGCCACAUUUCGUCGCAUUUUUUCAGCUUGAAGCGGGUGUGAAUGGUUUUAUCAACACCGCCCACGGAGGCCUCCUGGCAUCAUUGCUAGAUGAAACACUAGGGAUUUGCGUCGAGACAUACCGGAUGCUUGCUUCGGAGGAACUGGCGUCUUUGCUUACGGGCGAACUUCAAGUGACAUACCGUUCACCCGUACCCAUCCCUAGUGCCAUUAUGAUUACAUCAUGGGUGAGACGGAAGGAGGGUAGAAAGUGGUUCCUUGAGGCAAGAGUUCUGGACAAAAAUGGUUUACUCAAAGCAGAGGCCAAGUGCGUGUAUAUUAUGCCACGAUCUGCAAUAUAG